CCCGAUGAACUUAUCAGACCAUUCAUUGAAGAAUUUGUUGCGAAGGGGUAUCAUAAUUCUGAAAUUGUCUCUCAUCUACGCAAGCACUACGAUACCGAUAUGUACAAUGUUUCGAUCGACCUACUGAAAAAGCGGCGAUCUCAAUGGAAGCUGAAGUCUGCACGCGGACAAGCACACACUAUUGCAAGUAUAGGACCUGCUAUUGAGCGAGUGCGGGCACGCUUCCCACAACAAGGUUCACAUGAUAUGAGGCAGACUCUUCUGCAUGAAGAGAAAAUCACUGUUCCAAGGGCAUUGAUACUUAGCUACAUGAAUCUCCAUCAUCCGGAAGAGGUUCUGGCUCGCAAGAGUCGACGACUGAAGAGAAGCAUCUACUGGACAGCCGGUGUUAACGACAUCUGGGUAUUUGAUCAGCAUGAUAAGUGGCGUCGAUUCCAGCUGUUCUUGCAUGUUGCAAUUGAGCCGUUCUCGGGACGUAUACUGUGGUUAAAGAUUUGGUGGACCAACCGUAAUCCUCGCCUUAUUUUUGGAUGGUACUGCAAUACAGUACAAGCUCUCAGUGUUAUGCCCCUAGUCACUCAGAGCGAUCCUGGAAGUGAGAACAAUGGAAUCGCUAAUGGCCACACCUUACUUCGCCACCUGCAAGACCCAGCAUUGGCGCGCACAUUGCAACACAAAUUCAAGGGUCAACAUCGCAACAUCAAGCCUGAGAUUUUUUGGAGCCAGCUGCGACGGCGCUGGACCCCAGGUUUCCAAGAUAUUCUAGAUUAUGGUGUUAGCGAAGGUAUCUAUAAUCCAUGUUGCAGAUCAGGUUCCUCGUCUUCGACUUGUGCAUGCUGCAGUUGCAAUCCCUGA